GUCGAUCGCAAGGUCUGAGUUCUCGGCGUUCUUCUAGCGCUGCCUUUUUGGUCUCCACGUGGACAGGCCAGUGAUGGCGGCGCUGGCGGAGUCCGUGACGGCGGAGCCGGGCAGCCGAAACGGCACUGGUAGAGGUCGAGCCCCUAGGGGCCGCUUGGCCAAUCAGAUCCCUCCUGAGAUCCUGAACAGCCCCCAGCUGCAGGCAGCCAUUCAGGUCCUGCCUUCCAACUAUAACUUUGAGAUUCCCAAGACCAUCUGGAGGAUUCAGCAGGCCCAGGCCAAAAAGGUGGCCUUGCAAAUGCCUGAGGGCCUUCUCCUCUUUGCCUGCACCAUUGUGGAUAUCUUGGAAAGGUUCACAGAGGCCGAAGUGAUGGUGAUGGGCGAUGUGACAUAUGGGGCUUGCUGUGUGGAUGACUUUACCGCCAGGGCCCUGGGAGCUGACUUCCUGGUGCACUAUGGCCACAGCUGCCUGGUUCCCAUGGACACCUCGGCCCGAGACUUCCGGGUACUGUAUGUCUUUGUGGACAUCCGGAUAGAUACUACCCACCUCCUGGAUUCUAUCCGCCUCACCUUUCCCCCAGCCACUUCCCUUGCCCUGGUCAGCACCAUUCAGUUUGUGUCGACCUUGCAGGCAGCUGCCCAGGAGCUGAGAGCUGAGUACCGUGUGAGUGUCCCACAGUGCAAGCCCCUGUCCCCUGGGGAGAUCCUGGGCUGCACGGCUCCCCAGCUGCCCAGAGAGGUGGAGGCUGUUGUAUAUCUUGGAGACGGCCGUUUCCAUCUGGAGUCUGUCAUGAUUGCCAACCCUGGUGUCCCCGCUUACCGAUAUGACCCAUACAGCAAAGUCCUAUCCAGAGAACACUAUGACCACCAGCGCAUGCAAGCCAACCGCCAAGAAGCCAUAGCCACAGCCCGCUCAGCUAAAUCCUGGGGCCUUAUCCUGGGCACUUUGGGCCGCCAGGGCAGCCCCAAAAUUCUGGAGCACCUGGAAUCUCGGCUCCAAGCCUUAGGACUUCCCUUCCUGAGGCUGUUGCUCUCUGAGAUCUUCCCCAGCAAGCUUAACCUACUUCCUGAAGUGGAUGUGUGGGUGCAGGUAGCAUGUCCGCGCCUUUCCAUUGAUUGGGGCACCGCCUUCCCCAAGCCGCUGCUGACACCCUAUGAGGCAGUGGUGGCCCUGAGGGACAUUUCCUGGCAGCAGCCCUACCCUAUGGACUUCUACGCCGGCAGCUCCUUGGGGCCAUGGACAGUCAACCACGGACGGAACCGCCCCCUCCAGGCCCUGAGCCCACUGGUGUUGGAGAAGGGGUCCGCGCAGCCCUCUCCAGCCGCGGCUAGCGACGGCUGCAGCUGCGGAGGCGAUAAGGGAGCAACGAAAGCUCGAUGAGCCCUUCCUUGGUCUCAGAGCCCUGCCUUCCGGAGGAGCAGCCCCGAGGCUGGUGGUUUUCAGAACAGGAGGUAGACGUUUUCAACGCCCUGAGCCAGCCCACAGUAUGCAGAGGUCUGGAGGAAGCCUU